AUGCAUCCGCGCUGCACCGCACCAAGGCUUGCUGCCCGCUCUCUCCGCGGCCUUACGCCCCGUUUCGGCGCCCACCUCCACCGCAAUGCCCCGGCGCGCCCUCUAAACCCGUCUCAAGCGCGCUGCAUGUCCAUGGCCAACACCUAUACAGAGACGCUCGCAGGGAAUCCGGAGCCGCUUGCAGAGAACAUAUUGAACUUAUCGUGGGGGCUCCUCGAAAUCCUGCACAACUGCGGCCUGUCCUGGGCUGUCGCCCUUCCCGCCAGCGCUGUUGUCAUUCGCGCCUGCAUUAUCAUGCCGUUAUUCCAAAUCCCCUCCCGGAAAGCUCAACAGACUACCGCCUCGCUCCUACCGCUCACCCGCGCAUUCCAUAUCGUCAAGAAGCACAGCGCCCACAUGGCACAUUACAGCAAGGGCCCUCGAGUAGCCCAAGCAGUAACCAUCAGGAGUGUGGCCAAAUACAACCACCAGAUUAGGAAGCGCUGGGGAUCGCAACGUUGGAAGCAAAUGCUACCAUUCUGCGGUCUACCUGUCUUCAUUUCUAUGGCCGAGGUCAUACGGAGAAUGGUGGGCACCAGGAGCGGCUUGUGGGGUUUGGUAUUUGGUUCCGGAUCUUAUGCGGCCCCUAAGGCUUCCGAGCAAGUCAGCGACGCAGUCACCACGGACGGCGUUACUGAUGCAUUGGAGAGUGUUGCUGAGUGGAAGGGCACGACGUCUCUCCCAAGCUCGGUGCCCGAGACACUCAGCAAUUGGCUGGAGCCGUCAAUGGCGGCAGAAGGGAUGCUCUGGUUUCCCAACCUUAUGCUCCCGGACCCCUGCAUGAUCCUUCCUUUCGCCGUCUCCGGGCUCACUAUGGCGUCGAUUUACGCUGGCUCCAAGGCUCCGCAUAAAGGACAUGAGAAACCAUCCUUUUUCAUUUUCAAGCGCGUCCUGAUGACAUUGGCGCUGGCUAUUGGUCCCAUGACGCUGAACUUACCCUCUGGUAUCCUUCUUUACUGGUGCGCAAGUACCUCAUGCGCCUGGUUGUCUCACAUAUAUUUGGACCGUUUCUACCCGGUGCGGAUGCCGCCUACGCCUUGCAAACGCUCCAUUCCGUACUAUCCGAAGAAGGACAUCGAGAAGAUGCGGCAGCAGCGUUGA